UAUUUAUGAGUUCAGGUUCUUUAGAAGACAUGAUGCUUAGUUUAAAUUGAGUGAGACAGAGUUUUCGUAUAUGAACUUUCACUAGUUUUAGUGACAGAUUUCCGGUAGCCAAUUUGGAGUGUAAGUAUUGAAACUUCUUUCUCUCCGAAUGGGGGGGUGGCUCUUUCUUUCUAUUGUUAUGUUACUCUCAUCUAUUUGUAGUAGCCAGGACACUAUAAUACCAGGCAAAUCUAUCAGUGCAAACCAGACAUUAAUUUCUUCCAAUGGAACCUUUGGAUUAGGUUUUUUCAGUCCACAAAAUUCUACCAAAUUUUUCCUAGGUAUAUGGUACAACACAAUCCCACACACUGCAUCAAUUGUAUGGGUAGCCAACAGAGAAUCCCCACUUGAUUCUCCAGGUUUUUUUGCCCUCAGAGGUGAUGGGAAUCUUGUGGUGUUGGAUGGAACUGGAAAAGUACUUAUCUGGUCAUCUAAUGCAUCAGUUGCUUCUUCGGCAAGGAAUGCCACAACUGGUUUCCUAAUGAAUAACGGAAACCUCGUUCUGAGGUUUGGAAAAGGCAUUUUGUGGCAGAGCUUUGAUCAUCCUUCUGAUACAUUGUUGCCUGAAAUGAAGGUUAGCUUGAACAAAAGGAGUGGCCAACAAAGAUGCCUUACAUCCUGGGCAGCGCUUGAUGAUCCACAUCCCGGAAAGUUCACUUUAGGCUUUGAUCCUAAAGGACUACCAGGGCAGGCUUAUAUCUGGAAGGAAAAUGCUCCAUAUUGGAGAAGUGGUACCUUCUUUGGCAAGGAGACGAAAACAAACUUUGGAAUUUCAACUGAAAAUUCGUAUUUCCUCACUUACAACUUUGAUGCUAAUGAGGACUAUCUUACUUAUGGUGUCUCGGUGUCGGUUAGUCCAGUAAAAUUGAGGGCCUUGCUGGAUCCAACUGGGCAGAUUGUGAUGCAGCAAUGGCUGGUUCACAGUAGAACAUGGUAUGCAUGGUGGAGGGAGCCGGUUCAUAAAUGUGAUUUUUAUGCUCCUUGUGGUCCAUAUGGUGCCUGUGAUAAAAAUGAGUCCCUCUCAUCUCCAUGUAAAUGUUUGACAGGUUUUAUACCCAAAUUUCAGAAACAAUGGGCUCAGGGGGAUUGGGCUGGUGGAUGUGUCAGGGAAAAACCACUGACAUGCGAUACCAGAUCAGAAGGAUUUUCAAGGUUUGAAGGGUUGAAACUACCAGAUCAUGCUGUUCUUUUAGUCAAUAAGAGAAUGAGCGAGUGUGAGUCUCAAUGCUAUCAGAACUGUUCUUGCACAGCUUAUGCUUACCUGAAUGAGACAGGAGAAAAUACCGCGAGAUGUUUGACAUGGUUUGGUGACUUGAUUGAUCUUGUAGCAAAUCACUCUCUUGGGAAAAAUAUUUUUAUUCGUGUUCAUCGCUCCAAUCAAGCUGGUAAGGGUCAUUCUGAUAAUUCCUUGAAGGUGUCCCUUGUAAUUGUCAUAGCCUCAGCAAUAGCAGGACUGAUUAUAUUAACUUUGGGCUAUUUCUUAGGGAAGAAAUUUUUGGGCAGGGAGUAUGGGAGAGAUUCUAUCAAGAAUGUCAGUGUUGGAGGUGGAAAAAAUAAUAUAGAACUCCCACAUUUUGGUUUAAGGAGUAUAUUAGUUGCUACAAACAACUUCUCUGAAGCUAAUAAACUAGGAGAGGGAGGAUUUGGCCCUGUUUAUAAGGGGAUUUUGACUGAAAAUCAAGAAGUAGCCAUAAAAAGGCUAUCCACGAAGUCCGGGCAAGGACAUCAGGAGUUCAUGAAUGAGUUAAAGCUUAUAUCUAAACUUCAGCAUACCAAUCUUGUUAGGCUCUUGGGUUGCUGUAUUGAAGAAGAGGAAAGGUUAUUGAUGUAUGAGUACAUGCCCAAUCGAAGUUUAGACAAGUUUUUGUUUGAUCCAUCUGGAAAUUCAGAAUUGGAUUGGAAUACUCGUUUUCGAAUUAUAGAAGGGAUUGCACAAGGAGUACUUUAUAUCCAUAAGUACUCAAGACUGAAAAUCAUUCAUAGGGACCUCAAAGCAAGUAAUAUUUUGUUGGAUGGAACAAUGAACCCCAAAAUUUCAGAUUUUGGAAUGGCAAAGAUUUUCGAUACGAAUCAAACAGAAGCAAAUACCAACAGGAUUGUUGGAACAUACGGCUACAUGUCUCCUGAAUACGCUCUCUAUGGCCAUUUUUCUGAUAAAUUGGAUGUAUUUAGCUUUGGGGUGUUGUUGCUGGAGAUUGUAAGUGGAAGGAAGAAUGCUAUUUUUCAUCAUUUUGAUCGUUCACUAACUCUUGCUGGAUGGGUAUGGGAGUUAUGGAAGGAAGGAAGAGGAGUGGAGGUGAUUGAUGCAUCAAUAAGGGAAACAUGCCAGUUUCAUGAGGCUCUAAGGUGUAUCCAUGUAGGGCUCUUGUGUGUUCAACAAGCUGCAGCUGAUCGACCAACAAUGUCCUCGGUAAUUCUUAUGCUGCAGGGCACUGGAGCUUCAUCACUUCCACCUUCCAAUGAACCUGCCUUUUCAACACUUGAGAACGCCAAUGUUGUUGGUUCAUCUACUAGGUUUUCCAAUAAUGAAAUUACCAAUAGUUUACUAGAAGCUCGGUAGAUAUUCAAUAAUUCAAUAAUGUUUCCUUUCAACAAGCGGUAAACAGUAGACACUUUGAACUUGCAAUCUGUGACCCUUUUGUGGCCCUUACUGGUUAGGUUUUUUUCCCCCUUAUUAAAGGAGCAGAUAUCAUUAUGACUUGAACAACUACAUCCAUAGGGGCAAGUAUGAUUGCUGCAGUGCCACCACCUCAGGUACUUCUGUGCUACAGUACUUUUAGAUAAUGGAAACCUUGUUAAGAACAGGGAUUUUAAUUC